UUGAAGAACUAAUGGCUAAAGAUUACGUUUCCUCUGUUCUGAAAUCUCUACUUCUGCUUCUUCAACUUGUCUUGUUGAUUCAUGAUGCUGAUUCUGCCUCCAUCGUUAAAUUUCUUCCUGGUUUUGAUGGCCCUCUUCCAUUUGAACUCGAAACCGCGUUUAUUUUCUCUUCUUUGUUGUGGUUAAUUGAAUCUAUGUUGACUCUUAGUAGGUUACUGUUUUCUUGUGAAUGAAGGUACAUUGGUGUUGGUGAGGAGGAGGAAGUGCAAUUGUUCUACUACUUCAUAGAGUCUGAGAGGAACCCUGAAGAAGACCCUCUUCUUCUCUGGCUAAGUGGAGGACCUGGCUGCUCUUCCAUCUCUGGCCUUCUUUUUGAGAAUGGGCCUCUAACUAUGAAGCUUGAUGCUUACAAUGGAAGUCUGCCUUCUUUGGUCUCUACUACAUACUCAUGGACCAAGGUUUCAAACAUAAUAUUCUUGGAUCAACCUGUUGGAACUGGCUUCUCCUACUCAAGAACUUCACUUCAUAACAAACCGAGUGAUUCAGGGGAGGCCAAACGGAUCCAUGAAUUUCUUCAAAAUUGGCUAGGAAAGCAUCAAGAUUUUACCUCAAACCCUUUCUAUGCUGCAGGAGAUUCUUAUUCCGGUAUGAUUAUUCCGGCUCUGGUUCAAGAAAUCUCAAAAGGAAAUUAUCAAUGUUGCAAUCCUCCAAUUAAUCUUCAGGGCUACAUGCUCGGUAACCCAAUAACAGAACAUAGUGGUGUAAACUACCGCAUUCCAUAUGCUCAUGGUAUGGCACUCAUCUCUGAUGAGCUCUACGAGUCGCUAAAAAGAGUAUGCAAAGGAGAGUAUGCAUAUGUUGAUUCACGUAACACAGAGUGCUUGAAACUCCUUGAAGAAUAUAAUAAGUGUACAGAUAGAAUAACUCUUUUUAUUAUACAACAUCCUUUGUGUGAAACUGAAACUCCAAAUUGCUAUAUUUAUCGCUAUUUGUUAUCUACCUACUGGGCUAAUGACAAAACCGUACGUAAGGCUCUUCAAAUCAAUGAGGAGAGUAUAGGGGAAUGGAUACGAUGUAAUCUGGAUAUUCCUUACAAUCAUGACAUUGUAAGUAGCGUACCUUACCAUAAAAACAACAGUAUCAGUGGCUAUCGUUCUCUCAUCUUCAGUGGUGAUCAUGAUAUGGCAGUGCCUUACCUUGGAACUCAAGCUUGGAUAAGGUCUCUCAACUAUUCCAUCAUUGAUGAUUGGAGGCCAUGGAUGAUCAACGACCAAAUCGCUGGAUACACAAGAACUUAUGCAAAUAAAAUGACAUUUGCUACUAUCAAAGGAGGUGGGCACACGCCAGAGUAUAAACCAGAGGAAAGUUUUAUCAUGUUCGAAAGGUGGAUCAGUGGCCAACCUCUGUAAAAGAGUAAAUUAAUUAUGAGUCUUUCAAGUGACUCGAAAUAAAACUCCUACAUAAUAUGUUAAUCUACUUUGUAAAGCAACU